AAUUUUGAGAAGUAGUUUGUGUGUUUAACUUAAAAGCAAAAUCUUGUAAGACAUAAACCAUCGAUAAUUAAAAUACACAUCGAUAGUGAAACGAAAAUAAAACUAUCGAUAGUCCCAUUGAUUGUUUUGCAAGUUCUCACUGGCGCUGAAAAUUUAUAAAAAGCUGAUUUUGAAAUUGAAAAAUUCACAUCGUGUAAUAUUUAUUAAGAGAAAAUAUUGUAAUGUCAUACUUUGUUAUUAAAGUGGUCUUUUUUUUUAUAAAUAUUCUUCAUUCAAUGGAAAUAAUGGAGGAAUUUUUUGUUUUUAAGUGCCUAGCAAUGAGACGUUUACUGCUUGCCCACACAAUGCUCAAAAUAGCUAGUCAAUAUGGAACAAGUUCAACAAGGUCUAUUUGGAUAAAGACUCGUGGCCAAAUGUUUUGGGAAGUCGAUUGCCAGGUUAAUUCAGAUGCAUUUUUUAAAAGCAACUUCCGAAUGAACCACCAAUCUUUUAACAAAUUGUGUAUUAUGUUAAAAAGCUUGGAGAAGAAAAACACUAACUACCGGAAGUCAAUUCAAUUAGAAAAACGUAUUGCAAUUGCUUUAUAUGCUCUUGGCUCUUCUGCAAAAUACCGAGCAAUUGGAAAUAUGUUUGGAAUUGGCAAAAGUUCUGUCUGCAACAUUCUAAUUGAGUUCUGCCAUGAAGUCUGGCGAUGUUUGUGGCCUUUGUAUUUGAAUAAAUUCCCAAUGAACGAAUUUCAAUUGCGGGAGUAUUUAAAUGGUUUUGAGUCUUUGGGUUUCCCUCAGGUUUUAGGAGCUCUUGAUGGAUGUCACAUAGAAGUUCGCCCAACAGCAGAAGAUGCUGUCGAUUACUUUAAUGAUAAAGGCUGGUAUUCCACAGUUCUUCUGGCUUUAGUAGAUGCAAGGCAAGUUUUUUCAUGA